AUCGUAAGUGGGUGGCUUGCAGGAAAAAAGAGGGGUGCGAGUUGAAAAUGUCUGCUACCUGACCUGCACGAAGAAAUACAGCCUGAGAGUGUCGUGGAAAUCAGCUUUGAUGUGAAGUUCAAGUGGAGCAAACGGGAUGAGCACUGAGCAGUUUAAUGGACUGCUAUUAUAUUUCACGACGACGGCGACAGUGACGGAAUAGUAACUACGAGUUCAGGAGUAGCAAGUGCACAGCAUCCGGAGUGGAAUUGUGACAAAAAAAUAGUGGGAGCUGGGGAAAAAAGGUUUCAACGGAAGGAUCUGCUGCUUGUGUAGCUGAAAGAAAUUUGGUGCAAGAAUAGUAAGAGUGCAGCGAUUUUGGUGUAAAUAGUUUGUUGUGAACCUAGGUUUUGUUCGUCCUUUCUUUGAUUUUCUCUGCCAGUCGGAUAAGCUAAGGCGUUUAAAUGGUUGAUCCACUUUCAUUGCUGGCCAAUAAUACUACAGCGAUUGGGGAUGAAAACAAUUGAAAGCGGCAACCGGCAACGACAGCAACACGAUGCAGCAACAAGAGAAACGUCGCGAGCUGCGGCUGAAAAAGUUCUGGCGGACCACCACCAAACCUCCCACAUCGUCCGAAGACUCCGGCGGCUGCGAAAGUCCUACAAAACUCGGACGAAAGGCCUUCCAGCAGCCGCACCAGAAUAGCAUCAACAGUCCGGCUAGGAACCCGCCCACAUGUUCCCUUCCGCUGCUGCAGGUGUGGCCCAGCCAGGACUCGCCACGUGGCGAAGCCGACGGCCAAAGUUUCGUGUUUCCGCUGGCCCCCGAUGACACCCACUUGGGCGGUCUGCAUCACACCUCCUCGCUGUACCAUCCGGCGAUCGCAUCGGGCAGCGGAAGUGGCGACCUGCGGCGGAACUCCCUCUUCGUGGACCAGCUGCAGGCCGGCGAUUCCGGGAUUGACUCCGUGCAGGCGUCACCCUCGCCGGUGGCCAUGCCCUGUCAUCCGAUGGUCGUGUCCAACGCCAUCUCACCAAGUGCAUCGCCGACGGUGGGUUCGCCGACGCACUCGGUGGACCGGAACAACCGGCGGCCGUCAACGUCCCUGUUGCACCCGGACCAUGCCCGACUCUUUGCCCUGCGCCAACCGACGUCACCCGACCAAUCAUCACUAGAAGACAAUACGGAAUUCAACGGUGCCGUGGGGAACCACGGCCUGUGCACGGCCAGUUCCAGCACGACCUCGUCCCUGACGUCGGUGGCGGUGGCCACCCUGGGACAUCAUCCACAAAGAUCCUCGGACCCCUGGCUGCGCCCCGAGCGUGACAAGGACCAUCUCGAUCUGGACCAGCGGCGCGCCUCCACCAUGACCGCUCGCCUCUCCCUCUUUGACGCCCUGGACCUGGAGUACGCCCUGCUGCGAGCGGCCGCCCGUGGUUCCGUUGGGCCGUACUCCCUGAGCGAAUCGCUCCACAAGCUCACCUUUACCCAAUCGCUCGCCUUUCCGGCGUUGGCCCGCGGGUUGGCCUCGAAGCGGCGUGCCUCGACGGAGCAGAGUUCAACGCGGCCGCUCAACCCGAACGAGUCCGGCCUGAACACGUUCGCCAAGGUCGUCACCGCCUGUGUUCUAGUGAUGGUUAGCUUUCUGGUGUUUCUCGUAGUGUACAAGUACGUACGGACGUGAGGGUUGCUCCUGGCCCCGACCGAAGUCACGCUGGCACAGGCCACCACGGCCACCACCCUCGUGACCAACAGCUAUCACCGCGUGGCUAACAGAACGCUUGCGUCGGGCGUCAGGAAGCUUUUUAACCUCGAAAAUUAGUGACAAAAGUGCAGAACAGCGAAGAACCUUGUGCAGCACAACGUGAACGAACCUCCCAGCGCGAACCGAUCGGGAGGGAGGGGGCGGAAACGUGCUUCUUUCUUAUGAUGUAGAUCAUUUAAGGAAAUUUAGGAAGAAAACAAAUGAAGAAGAAGAAGAAGAAGAGAAAAUCAGCUGAAGAAGACGGUAUUUAGUUCGUAUUCAACAUCACACGGUCACCAAGUUUAUCAAACAUUUGUAAUGAUAUAUCCAACAACAACUUCAACAUCAUAUGGCUUCACUCUGUUGCAUAAUAAUCCCUUAAUUCAAACAUUUCAUUGUUCCAAUA